CUCCGCUGCAAACGACACCAGUCGAGCUCCAGAGACACAGCAAGGAAACAACAACGGGGGGGGCUUGCAAGAGACGAAACAGUACGCUACACACGAGGGGGACACACUAGAGAACCCACCACUACAAGGUGGACAGCCCUCUGCCUGGUUGCCCGUGGUAACUCUCCACCAUGCCUUUCCCCUUUGGCAAGUCCCACAAGUCGCCGGCGGACAUCGUCAAGAACCUCAAGGACAGCAUGGCGGUGCUUGAGAAGCAUGACAUUUCUGACAAAAAGGCUGAGAAGGCCACAGAGGAGGUGUCAAAAAGCCUGGUGGCCAUGAAGGAGAUCCUCUAUGGGACGAACGAGAAAGAGCCCCAAACGGAAGCAGUGGCCCAGCUGGCCCAGGAGCUCUACAACAGCGGCUUGCUCAGCACCCUAAUAGCAGACCUCCAGCUCAUCGACUUUGAGGGUAAAAAAGAUGUAGCUCAGAUCUUCAACAACAUCCUGAGGCGUCAGAUUGGGACCCGGACGCCCACGGUGGAAUACCUCUGCACCCAGCAGAAUAUCCUCUUCAUGUUGCUGAAAGGGUAUGAGUCUCCAGAGAUUGCCCUAAACUGCGGUAUCAUGUUGAGAGAGUGCAUCAGACAUGAGCCGCUGGCCAAAAUCACACUGUGGUCAGAGCAGUUUUACGACUUCUUCAGAUACGUGGAGAUGUCCACUUUCGACAUCGCCUCAGACGCGUUUGCCACUUUCAAAGACCUCCUCACAAGACACAAGCUACUGAGUGCAGAGUUCCUGGAGCAGCAUUAUGACAGAUUCUUCAGUGAAUAUGAGAAGUUACUCCACUCAGAAAACUACGUGACUAAAAGGCAGUCCCUCAAGUUACUGGGGGAGUUGCUUCUCGACCGGCACAAUUUCACCAUAAUGACGAAAUACAUCAGCAAGCCGGAGAAUCUCAAAUUAAUGAUGAACCUUCUACGGGACAAGAGCCGCAACAUCCAGUUUGAGGCGUUCCAUGUUUUUAAGGUGUUUGUGGCCAACCCCAACAAGACGCAGCCCAUCCUGGACAUCCUGCUGAAGAACCAAACCAAACUCAUCGAGUUUCUCAGCAAGUUCCAGAACGACAGGACGGAGGACGAACAGUUCAACGAUGAAAAGACUUACCUGGUCAAACAGAUCAGGGACCUCAAGAGGCCUGCCCCCCAGGAGGCCUGAGGACGGGUGCAGAUGUUGGGGCAGCGGGGGGAAGGGAGGGAGGAGGAGCCACCAGGACCAUGUCUGGACCACAUCCAGACGACGUCUGCUUAACGGACCCGUCAGCAGCUGCUGGUCUGGUUUCUGAACAAAAAUUGGAUCAACUCAUCAGGAAGUCGCCAGCUCCUCUGCUCCUCAGUGAACAUAUGAUUACCUUUUUUUCUCCCAGUCUUUUACCUUCAAAAAGAAAUACCAGAAAAUAAUAGAUGCUGCUGCUUUCUUGCACAUUGAGACAUGUUAGGUAUAAUAGAAUGACACGACAUCAGACAUAGGGACAGAAAACAAAGUAUGGCAGACUUCCUGAUAGACACACACACACACACACACACACACACACACACACACACACACACACACACACACCGAGGAACAAAAGUAUACACACGUUUACACAAAUAUAUGUAUUACAUGAAUAAAAAAAAUAAACAUGCAUACACACAUACUCCAAGAAUAUCAGCUAAAACCGUGUGAUGAAAAUGGUACGAGCAGGUUGAACAUUGGUGUGUUGGUUGCAUGCCUUGAAAUGUGACAGAUCCACGGCUGUGCCCGGCGUCGGCUCUGUGGCCCCCCGUCCGUCCGUCCGUCUGGCUCUUGCGUUCAGUGCCACAGAUGCGGGGAAAAUUGCACGCGCAUCACAGCAACCGCUACAGUUCGUAUCGUACGCCUUCAUCCACUAAAACAACAGUGGUUCAUUUUAGCGAUUCUGAAGGGGAGACGAGCUCUCAGAUGCCAUCACGCAGAACCAUUUACCUCCUGUGUGCUUUAUUACCACACGGCACUUGAAGCACAUGAGGGAAUGAUGGAGGUGAUGAGAGGUAUGAGUUUGGUAAAAGCCCUGAGAGUUGGGUCUCUUUAUUGUUUUCUUUUUUUUGGGACAGGGUGAACAUGUACAUAUGCCUUUUUUUUUCUUUUUUUUUCGCUUUGUAGAUUUUCUUUGUUUAACCUUGACUUAUGAAUAUAUAUUAUAUAUAUAUUACUUUAAACAUCACGUUUUUGGUUAACUGUAAUCAAAUUACUUUCUAAACCAUAAAAGAAACGACAAACAAGCUAAGUGACAUUGUUUUUUUUGUUUUUUUUUGCAUUUCAUUUUACUGCUGAAAUGGUUGCUGUUGGGUUUCUUUGUACAUAACUUAAAGGGCCAGCUCAAACUUAGCUAACCUCUAGGAUAUUAACAAUCUGUACAGCGGAGGAAUGUCAUGGUAUUAGCUCUGGAUCUGUUAAUCCUCUUUUUAUUCUCAUUUACAUUUGCUGAAGACGUGCAGGAGGGGGAUCGGGAGAGCAUUAACUGAAACAUUAAUGCCUGUGUGUUUUGUGCACUUUGUGAGGUGCUGAGCGACCGUCGUCACCUAACUGGAGUCGAGGAUAGCAGGGCUUCCCCUCCCUCCCUCCUCAAUUUCAUUAACUUGUUAUUCUCACUCUGCUAGUGGCCUGGGAGUGCUGUGUGGCCCCGCAGUGAGUGUGAUUCAGGGGUGAGCUCAUCAGGACAUUUGCAACUCAGCCGCCAUCCUUACUUUCCCUCCCCUUCUCCUCCUUUCUCCUCAUGUUUGAGCCUCUCUCUUCAGAGGGUUUAUAAUUCCAGUACAAUUGUGAGUGUAAAGCAUUGUGGGUAGCAGAGUAUACUUUGGGCACAUGUUGGGAUUGUCCUCAUGGUGCUGAGAAAAACUGAUGAAAACACAGAUUUCUGAAUUUACAGUGACUGAUAUGGUCGAUGUUAUGAGACAUAAAUACAUUUAAAUUAGAAAAACAUCUCAGUGCAGACGUCCGCACUACUCGGAUAGCCGGCAGUUCUUCCAUUCGCAUCGGACAUGCAUGAUCCUCACUGGCUGUGCAUGAUGCUGGACUAAAGAUGUUGUACUGGAAUUGUUUUUUGUUUUUUUUCCAAAGUAUUUAACAACAUUUGAAUGCCAAAUUGAACUAUUGGCUGUACGGCUGUGUGCUGACUUUGACUCCAGUUUCAGCAGAGAGAGUGUGGGUGCUUUCAGAAGUGUCAAAGGCCUGGGCCCUACAAUCGAAAUAAAGAAAAACAAAAAACAUU